UAGGGUUAAGGGUCUGUCUGUGGUGAAAAGGCGAUGGUGUGCAUCUGCAUUGUAAAUUGUUAAAAAAAAUAUGGAAAGAUGUAUUGCAUUUAAAGUAAAGAAUUUCGAAUAAUAAUAUACAUUGGGUAUAAGAUUUAGAAUGGAGUUUAAUCAUUUGUUAAUACCUGCUUCAAAAAACAUAUGUCGAACAUGUCUAUUGGAUUAUGAUUCGAACGAUCUAACUAUGUUUAUGAAUAUACAAGAUUUAGUAUAUCAUGAAAUGAAUAAAAUAAAGCUUAUUGAUAUUUUGAUUUUCCUCAACUGUUUAGAAAAUAAUGAUGAAGAAAAUUGGCCUCAAGGGAUGUGCGCUUCAUGCGUGUCUACUGCUCUGCUCGCCUAUAAUUUCAAACUUAACUGCUUAAAAGCAAAUGUGACAUUGUCUCAUUUAUUUAGCAUACAGUCAACGCCUAAUAAUUUUGAAAGAGCAGAUGAUAUGAAUGUUAUUGAUAUAAAUGUGGUAUAUCAAGAUCAUGAAUAUGACGUGCCACUAUAUAGCAACCAUCCAGUUAUAGAUUUUGAGCCCCAAGUAUCUGAAAGUAAGGAAUUAACUCCUCUGCCACCGGUGACAGAAAUAACCUCAACAGAGAGACUACCACGACAAGAAGGUGAGAAGAGAUACUUUUGCAGCUUAUGUUCUAAAUCUUUCACUAGGAUAUACAGUCUGAGAUAUCAUAUGGUUAAACACAGUGACUUUCGCAGAUUUCUUUGCCCAAAGUGUGGCAAAAGAUUCCACACAUCAAGUGGUUUAAGGCAGCACCUGGUAUCCCAUAUUAAUGUCAACCAAUUCAAAUGUGGAUUUUGCAACAAGACCUACAAGUCAAGACAAUCCUUAAAAGAGCACUUCCGUGUAGCUCAUUCAAGCAAUCGUAAGUUGUUUGUCUGUGUUACAUGUGGAAAGAAGUUUACAGCAAAAUCAACUUUAAUGAUGCAUUUGAAGAUCCAUUCUGGUUUCAAAGGAUUUGCUUGCCCUGAUUGUCCUAAAAUGUACACAAGGGCAUCAUAUUUAAGAGUUCAUAGAUUGAUUCAUACAGGUCAAGAACAGCCAAGGCCUUUUACCUGUAUGCAUAAAGCAUGCAAUAGAAGCUUCACUACUAAACAUUCCUUGGUUGUUCAUGUUGCUCAUACACAUACAUCCAACAGACCUCAUAAAUGUGAUCUAUGUUUCAAAGGAUUUGCUACAUCUUCUGGCUUAAAAAUUCAUAGAGAAUCUCAUACUUAUAAAGAGGUUAUGUGUAAUAUAUGCAAUAAGAAAUUAUCUAGUAAGAGGGUACUACAAAAGCAUAGCAAGAUUCACAAUGGGCAGUCAGAAUUAAAAACUGAAAAUGUGAUUGUAGAUGAUUUGUUUUACUAGCCAAUAUACUUAACUUGUAGUGGCCGGUGAAGACUUCUAGACUAGAAAUAAUUCCUGCUACAUUUAUUAAAAGAAGUUUUCAAUUUGAAUAAAUAAAAUAUGCUAGAAAC